GCGGUUCUCAUGUAGAACAGAACCCGUGCUUUACAUGGAGGAAGACAGUCCGGACCCCAGCCUGGAAAAUCCGAGCUCAUUAGGACCACCGAGCACCGGAUGACCAUGCUGAUCAUCGAGAGGACUGCUGACCACACGUCGGGUGAGUACACCAUGGUGGAGGAUGUGGCACUGCACUGCACCUUCCUCAUGGAGCGCCUAAAUGAGCAGCGCCUCUUGCAUCCGGAUCUGUGCGAUGUGGAUAUUGUGUUGCUGCGCCACAAGGCCACGUUCCAGGCACACAAAGGCGUUCUGGCCGCCUACAGCCCCUUCUUCCACUCACUGUUUGCCUCCAGCAAGGAACUACAACGUGUGGAGCUGUCCCUGGAUGCUCUGCGCCCACAGGGCUUCAUCCAGAUCCUGGAUUUUAUCUACACGUCCAGGCUGCUGGUGAACAGCAGCAAUGCUCGAGACGUGCUGCGAACCGCAACGGUGCUGCAGAUGGCCGACGUGGCCUCGUCAUGCCACGAGUUGCUCGCACGUGGCUCAUUGCAGGACGAAAAGCCAACAGCGACCCAGACCGGCUGCAACAUCAAUAGAGGAAGCGAUACUUCACCUUCCAUCCUCUGCAUGGAGAUCAAGCAGGAGGAGGAAGCGUCCAGAGCUACGAUCUUUGGUGGGAAAAGUGAGAAGAACCCGUACGCUGUUCAUGUUGCAGAAAGACAGGCGAUGAAUGCACAUUUGGGACCAGUCAAGGUGGACACUGAAGAUUCCUUCAACAGGAAGCAGAUCAUUGUAGAGCUGAAUCUUAACAACCAGACCUUAAAUGUGUCUAAAAGGAUGGAGAACAGCUUCAAUACUGCAAACUCAGACACAGAACAGGACAAUCCUGACUCGAAGGAGAAUGCAGAGCAAAGCGAGAGUGAGGACGAGGCGCCCGGAGCCACCACUGAUGACGAGGUGGGACAUGCAGCUCCUCAGGACUUUCCAAAAUUUCACCCUCAACAGUCUCGUAGACAGACCAGAGCCUCACUGGAUGCCAUGGCUACUGUUACGAUGAGGAUCAGACGGAGUGGGGUCAGGAGUGGGCAGGUAGAGGAGGAUCUUGAAGGGAAUGCAAGACUGGAGGAGAGGAGAAGCUUUCCAUGUGGACGAUGCCCUCGGGUUUUUACCAACAGCUGGGACACUGAAUUGCACGCUAAUGUUGAUCACAACUGCAUGCUGGGAUGUGAUAAGUGUGGCACACGCUUUCUUCUCGAUAGCGAACUGCUGCUGCAUCAGCAAACCGACUGUGAGAAGAACAUACAGUGUCAAACUUGUGGCAAAGACUUCAAGAAGCUUUGGUCUCUGCACGAGCACAACAAAAUUGUCCACGGUUACGCUGAGAAGAAGUUCACCUGUGAGAUAUGUGGGAAGAAAUUCUUUACCAUGGCUCAUGUUCGCAAGCACAUGGUUGCUCAUACGAAAGAGAUGCCGUUCACCUGUGAGACGUGUGGAAAGUCUUUCAAAAGGAGCAUGUCUCUCAAAGUGCACUUUCUUCAGCAUUCAGGAGAGAGACCUUUUACAUGUGAGAAUUGUAAUGAACGUUUCCAGUAUAAGUACCAGCUGAGAUCUCAUAUGAGCAUCCACAUUGGCCACAAGCAGUUCAUGUGCCAGUGGUGUGGCAAGGACUUCAACAUGAAGCAGUACUUCGACGAACACAUGAAAACUCACACAGGUGAAAAGCCUUACAUAUGUGAGAUCUGCGGGAAGAGCUUCACCAGUCGCCCCAACAUGAAGCGGCACCGGCGCACUCACACGGGCGAGAAGCCGUACCCGUGUGAGACGUGCGGCCAGCGCUUCCGCUUCUCCAACAUGCUGAAAGCUCACAGAGAAAAAUGCUGUCAGGUCAGAAACGCUCCUGACAGUGACGCAAGACAGUUUGUGAGCAAUCAGAUCUCUUCAGAGCCGAAAGACUUUGGGCUGCCUUCUCUGUUCCAAACCAGACAGGUUGACUUGGGUAACGUAUAACCACUGAUGUGUGUUCCUGCCCAGCUAGAGGUAUUUACUGUGUAGCCUUUAUGACUUUAUAUAUAAGUCCUAUGUAAUAGUCAACUUGCGUAAUCUGAACAGCUAUCAGUGUUUUUAUUUCAUUUAUUGUAGCGAAACGUUGGUGCCAAAUUAGUAUUUAAGUAUAUUGCAUAUACAUGUAGCCACUGCUAUUAAAUCUAGCUAUGAUUAAUACUAUCCACUCACCAAGCACUUUAACUAUUUUAGCUACAUUAUAAAUAAACUUAAUGGCUAUACAUUUUAUCAAUUACAAGGAACUCCCAUAGGGCCCUUACUAAUCAGAUGAUGUUGGUGGGGAACCAUUCAUAACACUGCAAGGACACUCACAUGGCAAUUAGUGUGUGUGUUCUGGCAUCAGGUGCAGCAGUGUUGUUGGGACUUUUAAACAUCUUUAUGGUUCAUCUGCACAGUAGGUGCAAUAUCUAUUAAAUAUAAUACCCAGUAUACACAUAUGUGUGAUAGUGUUCUAAUGUGAAAUUCUUGCAAUGACAUUUUUAUGUUGGGGUAACCCGUGUACCCCAUGCCACCCCUUCUGGGAUGAAUUUGUCUGAUAGCAUUAAAGUCAUUUUAGCAUACCAGCAAUUCCAAAGAUUUCAGGUGCAGUCGGUAAGGUUAAAGCCUGAAUUGUGAUGUAUGUUUUUGAUGGUGUCAUACUGUGUUUAUUUCCUUUAUUUCCUGGGUGGGAUGUAGGGCUGUAGGACUCAUACAUACAUACAUACAUACAUACAGACAUGUAUAUAUAAGGUAAAUAAACAUAUAUAAAUAUAAAAUUGCACUUUGAGUUAACAUUUUAUACAGUGCUCCAAAGUAAGUGUUCCAUACUUACCUUUAUAUUAAUUAUAUUAUAAUCAAUAAAACAAUU